AUGACCAAGAGCUGCCCCGAGGAGAUGGCCGAGCUGGUGACCCCCCCGUGGGGGGCAGAGCUGAAGGACGAGCCCGGGCCGGGCCCCUUCGCGCUGGGGCCGCGCCCCGCCGAGCAGCGCGACAGCCCCGGGGAGGAGGAGGAGGAGGAAGAAGAAGAAGAAGAGGAGGAAGAGGAGGGCGAGAAGCCCAAGAGGAGAGGCCCCAAGAAGAAGAAGAUGACGAAGGCGAGGCUGGAGCGGUUCCGGGCGCGCAGGGUCAAGGCCAACGCCCGGGAGCGCACCCGGAUGCACGGCCUGAACGACGCCCUGGACAACCUGCGCAGGGUCAUGCCCUGCUACUCCAAAACGCAGAAACUCUCCAAGAUCGAGACGCUGCGGCUCGCCAGGAACUACAUCUGGGCCCUGUCCGAGGUGCUGGAGACGGGGCAGACGCCGGAGGGCAAGAGCUUCGUGGAGAUGCUCUGCAAGGGGCUGUCGCAGCCCACCAGCAACCUGGUGGCGGGGUGCCUGCAGCUGGGGCCGCAGGCGCUGCUCCUGGAGAGGCACGACGAGAAAUCGCCGGCCUGCGAGGCUGCCCUGAGCGGCCACCCCUUCAGCUACCAAACCCCCGGGCUGCCCAGCCCGCCCUACGGCUCCCUGGAGUCCCACCUGCUGCACCUCAAACCCGCCCCCGCCUUCAAGAGCCUGGCCGAGGGUCCCUUCGGGGGACACCCCCACCCCCCUGACUGCUCCCCGCCGCCCUACGAGGGGCCCCUGACCCCCCCGCUGAGCAUCAGCGGCAACUUCUCCCUGAAGCAGGACGGCUCCCCGGAGCUGGAGAAGCCCCCCUACCCUUUCGUGGGCCACUACCCCUCGGUGGGCCUGGCCGGGCCCCACGGACACGCCCCCCACUUCCAGGGCUCGGUGCCCCGCUACGAGAUCCCGCUGGAGGUGGGCUACGAGCCCUUCCCCCCCCCGCACGCGGCCGGGCCCCAGCUGGGCGCCCUCUUCAACGAGUAA